GCCUGCACCAGCCUGUACCUCCAGCAACAGCCUGUACCUCCAGCAACAGCCCACAGCAGCAGCCUGUACCAGCCUGUACCUCCACCAGCCGGUACCUCCAGCAGCCUGUACCAGCCUGUACCUCCAGCACCAGCCCACAGCACCAGCCUGUACCUCCAGCAAUACCCCACAGCAGCAAUCUGCACCUCCAGCUCACACCAGCAGCUCACACCACCCCACACCUCCAGCCCACACCACACCACCAGCCCGCACCAGCAGCUCAAACCAGCAGCGAGAGCUCCAGCAAAGCCCUCUCUCCCCACCCACCCCCCCAUACACACACACACACACACACACACCUGCCCACAGAGGCAGUGUGAGCUCCAGGCAAAGCCUCAUAUACCCCCACACCAACCCAUCUCAGCAGCAGCCAGGAUGACCCGAAAAUGCAUCUGCGAAAUCUGUAACUGUGGGCGGCAUCAUUGUCCACAUCUGCCGUCAAGACUUUUCGACAAGACUCUGGAGCCGUGCCUGCUAACUGAAUAUCAUGAGAAAUACCCUCCACAUGGUGAUAUCAAGCCACCAAACAGCUAUAGACCCAAACUGGAAUAUCUGAAUAACCGUGUCAAAAUGGAUGGAAACUCAACGUUUAAAACAGAUUAUAUACCUCAUGAUGUUACAGGUCGAUAUGUUCACACACAGCCAGAGUAUAGACCAAAGUCUGGUGAGGUAGAUCACCACACAACCUACAAGACAGACUAUAAUCCUCACAAAAUAAAACCCACAGAGAGCAUGCGCCCUCCAGAAAGAAAGCACGGGAAAGGAGGGAAAUUAGACACUGUGCCAACAUACAAAGAUGAUUACCGAAUGUGGGACAUUCCUAAAAGGAAGCCUAAACCAUCACAAGCAUAUUGUCCUCCCGCUGCACGCUUUGGAAACCCAUCCACGUUCCAAGAUGACUAUGGUCCCAAGAAGUAUUCGCUGCGGGAGAGUUUCAAACCACACGAUCUCCCCAAAACAUCUGAUGUCCCCUUUGAUAACCUAACGAAUCACAAGAUAUCUUAUGUAGCCCACCCGUUGGGGGAGCGCUUUGUCAGACAACGAGAGGAAUAUAAACCAAGUGACACACCUUUUGAAGCUCUCACCACUCACCGCCGGGAUUACAAAGGAAUGCACGGCGAUAUGACAAAGAGCUUCAAACCGGAACAGUCAAAGAUAGGAUCAGACGCACCGUUUGACGGGAACUCAGAAUUCCGUGACCGAUAUCAGGCCUGGCCUGUCAGCUUGCCCUACAUGCACAAACAUCCAGAUUACGUCCAACCCGAUGGUCCAAUGGAUCUGAAUACAACUUCCCACCUUGACUACAUUGGACACAAUGUUAAGCCACCCGCUCCAUUCAAACCUGCGAGCGCUAGAAAGGUCCAUGCACCUUUCCAAGGGAGUACCACCAUGAAGGAUGACUUCAAGACAUGGGAUGUCAAGAAGCCAGAGGCGAUCAAACGAGGCGAAGAAUUAAAAGUAUCAUGUGCAAAAUUUGACGGCUUGACAACUUUUAAGGCAAACUAUGUCCCUCAUCCAAUCCACCCGCUGCAAAGCUUCAAACCUCCCAAUGUUCCUCUCCACAGUAAAACACCGUUUGAUGCUGGAACCUUGUAUCGCACUGAGUAUACCCCAAAGAGGCUAGAAAUAUGCCCCGCCAGUUAUCCCACUCCACCGGGCUUUGUGUAUGAAGACACUGAUUCACGUGGACACAAGUUCUUCCACAAGAUAACACCAUCAGAAGAAAAACUGGUGAUGCCAAAUGAAAUGCCAAUUCCAAAACAAGUAGCUGUGAUGUCUUAAUAUCUAGCAAUGUAACUUCCGAUGUUAAUUAUGUUGCAUUCAUUAGACAAUAUCAAACCUAUUCCGAUUUUGUAAUUCAAAUUAUAAUCCCUUUACACUAUUCUGCCAAAGGCAGUGACAUUGAUUUUUAUUUCUCUCCUUGUAAUCAUAAUGUAUUCUGGUAAUGAUGACUAUGUAUGUGAGAGAUUCAGUCUAUUAAUAUAUUUGGCUUUAAUGAAGGUAUUAAAUCCUUCAAUAUAUCAGAAGCAACGUAUUUUUCCAAGUUAUUUUCAGAUGUUUAUUUUACAUUGUUGAUGAUUAGUAUAUUUUAAACUAUAGCUGUUGUAAUUUGGCUAACCUACAACAUACAAUAAAGCGUAUGUACUGUUUCUAUAUCUAUUCAAUGCCUGACAAUUCAGCCUUAUUUUAAAUCUCUAGCAUUCCCUCUUAAUGUUCCUGUAAACUUUACUUAUGUUGCUGCUUGACAGUGAUUAAAAUAAGGCUCCUUUCUUUAAUGCAUUGGCUACAGAGAAUAUGAUCUUAAUAUAUUAUAAUAAAGAAUAAACCAUAAAUAUACAGGUGAUCUUCCAUCUAAUAUAUUCACAGAAGUAUCACAGCAGAUCCUUUCUUUGAAUUUUCCUUAAUUUGCAAUAGUAUCUUAAAAUGAAAUGACAGAACAGAAGAAUUAAUCACAUUCAUGUAAUUACUAGAAAUAUUCUGAUCCAGUUCUUUAUUUGUAGCAUAAUCUUUCUUUUCUUUGUACAAUUAAAAAAAAAUCUUAGGUAGCAGAGUAUUUAAAAUUGAUGUCAAUAUUUACAAUAAAACUGUUGGUAAAUAACAGUAUUGAUUCCAUAUCAUUUUCAAAGUAAGUUUGGACUUCUGUGUUCAUUAAAAUGUUGUUAAUACAUUCCAUAUUUUUCAUUUAAAGGCAUCAUUCAGUGCUAGGUGAACAUGUCCUGAUUCUUUACUAUAGACACAAACUGCUGGAAUUACUCACCUUGUCAGGCAGCAUCUCUGCAGAAAAUGGACAGGUGACGUUUUGGGUCGGGACAUGAAACAUCACCUAUCCAUGUUCUCCAGAGAUGCUGCCUGACCCGCUGAGUUACUCCAGCACUUUGUGUCUUUCUUUGGCAUAAACCAGCAUUUGCGGUUCAUUUUUAUUACAUAGUUGGGGCAGAUGCAGAGUCUCUUGCCCAGAGUAGGUGAAUUGGGGACCAGAGGACAUAGGAUUAAGGUGAAGGGGUAAAGAUUCACUAGGAAUCUGACAGGUAACUUUUUCCACACAGAGGGUGGUGGGUGUAUGGAACAAGCUGCCAGAGGAGGUAGUUGAGUCUGGGACUAUCCCAACGUUUAAACAGUUAGACAGGUACAUGGAUAGGACAAAUAUGGACCAAAAGAAGGUAGGUGGGAUUAAUGUAGCUGGGACAUGUUGGCCGGUGUGGGCAAGUUGGGCCAAAGGGCCUGUUUCCACACUGUAUCUGUGAC